AUGAAUUCCGACUUAUUUAACUUCCUCCAAGAUCUCAUCUCAUUCGGCAUAAAAGAAGUACUCAGCUUGUGUAGAAGGAAAGUCGGAUUGAUUAAACCUCGGUGCCAGGCGGAUGCUAUUAAGCUGAGCUGCGUUGCUGCGAACAAGAAGGCGAAGAGGACGGGAAUGAGCGUAGCUCCGCUGACGGAUAAUGGCGUAGCUACGCGAACAAAUCAAGGCGAAGGGGACGAUCAAGUAGUCGGCGGAAGGUUGGACCAGCUCACCUUCGAAGGUACGCACCAGCACCAAGGCAAGAUCGAUACUAGCCUUCGUUCGAAAGACGUCCAAAAGCAUCUUUAG